AUGACCAAGGGGUAUGGUCAUGAGUGUCAUGGGCCUGGAUGCUCAAGAAGCAGGAGGGUCACAGGUUCAUAUGGAAGGAGCACAGGUAUCGAAGACCUAGUCGAUACCAGUAGAGAGCAUGGUCGUAGUGCAGUCUCCAUGGAGACCAUGGACUCCUAUGGACUCACAUGCAAAGGAGAACCGAGCCACAUGCGAGGAGGGCCAGGCACAGCCACGAGGAGGACCAAGCUCAAGGAGCAGGCACAGCCACGAAGAGGACCAAGCUCAAGGAGCAUGCAGAUGGUUACCACUCAGGGGCUCGAGAGACAAGAGCCAAAGGAACUGACACUGAUCAAAGGAGGAGGAGCAGUGUCGAAGGAGUCGACACCAGGUCAUGAGGAGGAGGAGCAGUGUCGAAGGAGUCGACAUCAGGUCAUGAGGAGGAGGAGCAGUGUCGAAGGAGUCGACACAGCUCAAGAGGCACAGGGGUGCCAAGCAGGAGAGGCCCCUGAGCAGUACUCGAUGAAGAAGGUACUCUCUGGAGAGAGAGCAGGAGCAGCAUCGCUGGCAAUGCUGAGAAGAGGUAUAUAA